AAGUGAAACGAGUCCGAUUCGAAUCGGAUCUCGACCGUCAGCGACUCACUUGAAUCUCGCGCGUCACGGAUCGGCCGCCGCUUGAAUGUGACGUCACCGGGCAUCAUGGCGGAGUUCAGUGAGUUUGUGAACGUGCGGCGGCGAUUUAAGAUAAACGAAGAAGAAGAAGAAGACAAAAAGACUGCAGGUCCUGAUGAGGAUGAGGAGGAGAAGCUGAAGUCUUCCUCUCGGAUCAACCGACACUCUGUCUUCUGGAUUCUGGCAUCCAUCGCUCUCACAUACUAUGUGGAUUUCUUCUCUGUCGUGCUGAACCACAGUGACAUUCACAGCUGGUGGUUUUCCGUGGGUCUGGUGCUGCUGGGAUUGUGUCUCAGUCUGGCGGCGUUCUGUAUCGUUUAUCUGGAGUGGUUCAGAGGCAUCAAACACUACGAGCAGGAGUAUCCGGCCGUCCCCGCCGUCACCACCGCCGCCUUCAUCGCCGCGUCCUGCAGCUUGAACAUGGCUCUGUGGCCGGUCUGGUCCUUCUUCACGCCUGUGAUCCUCUUCACUCAGUUCAUGGGUGUGGUGAUGCUGAUCUCACUGCUGGGCUGAAGCACACACGUGUGUGUGUGUGUGUGUGUGUAUUAACCUGAUGAAGGUCAGCUGACCUGUGACGGAACAUCAGUGACCUCCAGCUGACCUCUGACCUCAUUCAUAUCUCUCCCUUUUCAAAAGACAUUUUGUGUUUGGGUUUCCUGAAUGAGGACGUUUGGGAAUCUUGUAAGGUAAACAGGAUGUUUUCUUUGAGGUCCUGUACAUUCCUGAUUCCAGUGUCUUCUAAAAAUGCUUUAUAUUACCUUAAAACGCUCAGUUUUGAGAGGUUAACUCAAGAUACUUGUGUUUUAUAUCAUGUUUUAAUGUAAUUAACCAAAUGCAUCAGCUGAUGAAAUAAAAGAUGUUUGUAUUA